GCAAGCGCAGUUGCCAUAGCCCAGAGGCAAUAUGAAAGUUCGCGUCUACCGGGAAGAAGGAAGCUUGUGUCAGGCCUACCUGGUUUUAUAGAACAAUUCUGAGAGCAUGCCUCUUGUGUAUGACGCAACCCAGCGACUAUCCAGGACUGGGAAAAGCCUCUAUGCAGUGCUGGAACUGAAGAAGGGUGCUGAGACUGAAGACAUCAAAAAAGCCUACAGGAAACUGGCCUUGCAAUAUCAUCCAGACAAGAAUCCAGAAAACCCUUUAGCAGCAGAAAUCUUCAAAGAGAUCAACACAGCCCAUGCCAUACUCACCGACCCUACGAAAAAGAAGAUCUAUGACCGGCACGGCUCCCUAGGAUUAUACCUGUAUGACCAUUUUGGUGAAGAAGGUGUCCGAUUCUAUUUUAUAGUGAACAGUUGUUGGUUCAAGACACUGGUUGUCCUCUGUUGCCUGCUCACUGGUUGCUGCUGCUGCUGCUGCUGCUGUUUAUGCUGUGGUAGACUUAAUCCAUCAGCCGAGGAAGAAGAGGAGACUCGCCAGAUGAAUGUUUCUUCUCAACCUUCAAGAUCAAGAACACAAGAUAUUGAAGCAGAGGAUUAAGACAUGACAAUAAUUAAGGAAACGUGAAGAGGAAUGGGGUGCUGACCCAGCAAGAGUCCCUGACACAGCCCACUGGAUACAUUGAAGAGGGAAGAAAGUAGCCCUGUCCCUACACUCACCCACAUUUGACUCCUGUUCUUAAAAGCAAUCCCUGCUUCAAAAGCUAUGAUGACACCCGUUCUCGUAAGGACAUCCCUGCCCUCCACAGUGCCACAGAGCCUGUCCCCAAAGAACCUUCCAGCGGCUUUUCUGUUUAGCUCUGACUCCACUCCCGUCUUUAUCCACAUGUGCUCUCAAGCCGUGUUGGGAGCUGUUUGCUGAGUGGGUGCAGCUCUCUCCAGUGGGUACCUGGGUCAAUGUCCGGUAGGCCNCUGAGCACUUACUAACAAGUUCACCAGGAUCCUGAUCACCAAACAAGGUGGCUCCCAUCCCAANAGCUGUUGCANCAAUUAAUCCUUCGUUGGAACAUUGUAUACCAAGAACUUUUAGCACCAGCCUCGUUUCUUUGGAAGACUGGUCUCACCAUCUUCUGGUACCUACACCACUGGCACCAACACCCUAUUCGUAAGACAGCUUGGAAAACUUGUGUUUGUGGCUACCCUUGGACUUCAGCUCCAUCCUUAAACCCAUUAUCAGCUAUGGUCCUGUGGACAGGCUGCAGUCCAUGCUCCAGUCUUGCUGCCUCUGUCCCUCAUGUUACUUCACACAGAGUGAUCCCCUUAUAUCUUCUUAACACGGAGACGUGAAAUGUGAUGGGACAGGCUGUAUGAAGGAGACCUCACUUAGCCUCUCGGAGCUAUUGGCUUAACAUCCUCUCUGUAUCCCACGUUAUCGUUUCUUUCUAUGUGGGAUCAGGGCCUAGGAACCAUCAAACCUCUCUGUACUCAGUGGGAAAAAGGCUACGCAAUGUCAAUAAUAAUAAUAAUAAAAAAAGAGCUUUGU